CAACCGACCAAAGUUCGGUUACUUCGGUUACCGGUUAGUGGAUAACCGGCCGGUUAUCGGUUUAUCCGGCUGGUUAACCGAUAACCGAACUGCCACCCCUAGUUGUGCUAUUUUGUAGGAGAUCCAAAUCCUUCGUCGGUGUUUCCUGUCUUGUGAUUUUCAAUUUGUUAGGCGUGACUCGUGAGUGCAACAUGGCAACUAAUAUGGUGGCAAGAAAGACCCUUUCAUUUUUUUUUCUUAAAUGGAGGCCGAAGGCCAAGAAAAAGAAGUUACAGGCCGAUUAAGUGAGGGAAGGAGAAUGAGAAACAAUACGACGUUCAAAGCUAACACCCAUCAUAUCAUCUCUAAUAAUCGAAGCUAGCCCGGAUGGUGGGUGUGCAAGCUCAUACAUACCAUAGGGAUAGACGAGACUGUGCUUCGAGAGCCAGUCCGCGGCUUUAUUCCCUUCCCGGUAUGUAUGAGUGAUGCUAACCAACCAGUCUUGACUAAGCUUCCUGCGAAUCGCCGCCAGAAUCGUGGAGUGAGGGUGAAGUGGAUCAUGCCUAUUCUUGAGUAAUUGAAUAGCUAUCUCCGAAUCAGACUGAACCAGAAUGACGCGAUGCCCACUAGGGGUGGCUAUACGGUCCGGUCCGGUUAAAUUGGCCCAAAUUGAUCCGGUCCAGUCCGGUCUUUUUGAAAAUAUAAGGACCGAAGAUUGGAUUGGAUACAGUCCGGUCUUGAUCCGGUCCGGUUUUGAUCCGGUCCGGUCCCAAUUUGGUCUUGAUUUUACAUUGAGAUUGUGGGAUUUGAGUGGCCUAAGGCCUUAAAGGGUGAGGAGUUGGUUAAGUUUUGUACUAAUUGCAAAGGUUUGUGACCGUUUAUGCAAAUUACCCUUAAGUUUUGGGUGUUGAGCUCUCUUAUCCGGUCUUUAUCCGGUUUUUUUACCUCAAAUCUAAGCCCAAAGAUUGGAUUGGAUUGUUUACUAUCCGGUCCCGGUCCGGUCUCGGUCCGGGUUAUACGGUCCGGUUUCCGGUUUUUAAUCCGGUCCGGGUCCAAAUAGCCACCCCUAAUGCCCACUCCUCCAAGCUAUGUCCAGUCCAUGAAAGAAUACCCUAGUUUAACAGGGUUUGAUUUUUGUGCUUGGCUCCGUGUAACCAUGUGACUCUAGUGUAACUCCUUUUCUCGAUAAUAAGAGGUAUCUUUGGUAUAAAAGAAAAAGUGGUUUGAUUUGGUAGUCUUGGGUUAAUCUUUGGUUCGUCGUCCGUUUUUGGGGUUCUGAUGGAGGAAUGAAUCUUCUUCUUCUUCUUUUACUCCGAGGAGUCGUCCGUUGACUCGCUAUCCACUUUCCCCGGCCGACCUGCCGUCCUCCUCGUCGCCGUUCCAGACUUUAAUUUCUCCUCUUAUCAUAAUUAAUUUCCUUCCUUUCUCUCUUCAAAAACAAAAUUGAAAGCAACCCCCUCUCCACCAAUAAAAUAAAAUAAAAACGCCACGUGGACAGAUCCUACUGGUCGCCUCCCACACCUUUCUCGUAGUAUAUCCAUUUUCCCAUCCACCCUUUCUCUAUAUAAACCUGACCUAAACUCCAUUUCCCCAUUCACUCUCUUCUCUCUCCCUCUCCUAUUUUUUUCAUUCCUCACUGAUAAACAAGCCACCUCAAAUUCAUAUCCGAGACGACACGCCGAUCUCAGCCAUGGCGGGCGGUGGAUUCGCAUCCGCCGGAGGAACGGAGUUCGAGGCCAAGAUCACUCCCAUCGUCAUCCUCUCUUGCAUCAUGGCCGCCACCGGCGGCCUCAUGUUCGGAUACGACGUCGGUGUCUCAGGUGGAGUGACGUCGAUGCCGGCGUUUCUGGAGAAGUUUUUCCCGGUGGUGGCGAGGAAGACGCAGGACAAGACGCUGGACAACAGCAACUACUGCAAGUACGACAACCAAGGGCUGCAGCUGUUCACGUCGUCGUUGUACCUGGCCGGGCUGACGGCGACUUUCUUUGCUUCCUAUACUACUAGGACGCUGGGGAGGCGGCCGACGAUGCUGAUCGCGGGUUUGUUCUUCAUCGCCGGGGUGAUUCUCAACGCCGCCGCGCAGGAUCUGGCCAUGCUCAUCGUCGGGAGGAUCCUGCUGGGUUGUGGGGUCGGGUUUGCUAAUCAGGCGGUGCCACUGUUUCUAUCGGAGAUCGCCCCAACGAGAAUCCGUGGAGCCCUAAACAUACUGUUCCAGCUCAACGUCACAAUCGGCAUCCUCUUCGCCAACUUGAUCAACUACGGCACCGCCAAGAUCAAAGGCGGAUGGGGCUGGAGACUCUCCCUGGGCCUCGCCGGCGUACCGGCCGUCCUCCUCACCCUCGGCGCCCUCCUCGUCUCCGAAACCCCCAACAGCCUCAUCGAACGCGGCCGUUUCGACGAGGGGAAAGCCGUCCUCCGCAAAAUCAGGGGAACCGACAAGAUCGAGCCGGAGUUCCUCGAGCUCGUCGAGGCCAGCCGCAUCGCCAAGGAAGUCAAGCACCCGUUUCGAAACCUCCUCAAGCGCAAGAACCGCCCGCCGCUCGUCAUCUCCAUCGCCUUACAAAUCUUCCAGCAGUGCACGGGGAUCAACGCCAUCAUGUUCUACGCUCCCGUACUCUUCAACACCGUCGGCUUCGGCAGCGACGCCUCCCUCUACUCCGCCGUCAUCACGGGGGCCGUCAACGUCCUCUCCACCGUCGUCUCCAUCUACUCCGUCGACAAGCUCGGCCGCCGCUUGCUCCUCCUCGAGGCCGGCGUCCAGAUGUUCCUAUCCCAGGUGGUGAUCGCGGUGGUGCUGGGGAUCAAGGUGACGGACCACUCGGACAACCUCGGGAAGGGGUUCGCGAUCCUGGUUGUGAUCAUGGUGUGCACGUUCGUGUCGGCGUUCGCGUGGUCGUGGGGGCCGUUGGGGUGGCUGAUUCCGAGCGAGACUUUCCCGAUGGAGACGAGGUCGGCGGGGCAGAGCGUGACGGUGUGUGUGAAUCUGUUGUUUACGUUCGUGAUCGCCCAGGCGUUUCUGUCGAUGUUGUGCCAUUUCAAGUUCGGGAUCUUCCUGUUUUUCUCCGGGUGGGUGGCGGUGAUGUCGGUGUUCGUGUUGUUUCUGGUGCCGGAGACGAAGAACGUGCCGAUUGAGGAGAUGACGGAGAAGGUUUGGGCGCAGCAUUGGCUGUGGAAGAGGUUUGUGGAGGGGGAGGAGGGUGACGUGGAGAUGAAGGGGGUCAACGGGAAGGGUCGUGGUAAUGGGGUUGACUCUUCUUCUUAGUUUGCGUCGUUUAGAGAGACUGUGUGAAAGAGAGAGAGAGAGAAUAACUACAGAUUGGAGGGAAUAUGUUUAAUUAUGGAGAUGGUAUUAUUGGUAAUAUAUAAAUAUAUAUAAAGGCUCUUCAAUUACCGUCGAGUGGCUUGAUGAUCAUCAUGUGUAAUCUAUUUGACCCAAGUGAAAAACCAAGCAAGUAAAGUAAUACAAUAUGU